AUGAACUACAUACUGUUUGUCACCUUUGUUGGCGUGGCUGUUGCCUUCCCCAUCAGUGCUCCUGCUGAUGAUGAUGAUGACAAGAUCGUGGGAGGCUACACCUGUGCAGCGAACUCUGUCCCCUAUCAGGUGUCCCUGAAUUCUGGGUAUCACUUCUGUGGAGGUUCCCUCAUCAACAGCCAGUGGGUCCUGUCAGCUGCUCACUGCUACAAGUCUCGCAUGCUAGUGCAGCUGGGGAAACAUAACCUAGCGCUCACAGAAUCGACACAGAAGUCUAUUAGUUCAGCUAAAGUCAUCCGCCACCCUGGCUACAGCUCCGCAACACUGGACAAUGACAUUAUGCUCAUCAAGCUUGCCGAACCAGCCCAGCUCAACCAAGCUGUCCAAACAGUUCCUCUGCCUACCAGCUGUGUGACUGCAGGCACCACAUGCCUCAUCUCUGGCUGGGGCAACACACUCAGCAAUGCCAAUCUGUAUCCAGAUACCUUGCAGUGCCUGAAGGCUCCUGUACUCUCCUCAAGAGAGUGCGCCAAAGCCUACCCUGGGAAAAUUACCAAGAACAUGAUAUGUGUAGGAUUCAUGGAGGGAGGGAAAGACUCCUGCCAGGGGGAUUCCGGCGGUCCAGUAGUCUGCAAUGGGCAGCUCCAGGGCAUUGUUUCCUGGGGUAUUGGAUGUGCGCAGAAAGGCUAUCCCGGGGUUUACACUAAGGUUUGCAAUUAUGUCUCCUGGAUCGAAGCAAUUAUGUCUGCCAACUGA